AUGUCGGAAUUGAAAGAAAUCCUCGUCAUCGGCGGCACUGGUGCCCAGGGAAGACCAGUCGUUAAGGCUCUCGCCGAAACCAAGCGAUACAGCGUCAGGGUCCUCACCCGUAACGUUGGCAACGCCCGCGCCAAAGAACUUGCCACGCUCCCCAACGUCACCCUCGUCCAGGGCAAACAAGACAGCCAGCAGGAUCUUCACCGGGCAUUUAAGGGUGUCUACGGCGCAUGGGUCAACACGGACGGCUUCACUCUGGGCCAAAAGAGUGAGCUCUUCUACGGCAUCCGCGCGUACGAAAUUGCCAGGCACGAAGGUGUUCAGCAUUACGUCUGGGCUGGCACCGAUUAUGCGCUAAAGAAGUCAGGAUGUAAGCAAGAACUGAGGCUUCUGUUUUCUCAUUCGAGCUGUUGA